UCGGUGCUGCGGUGAGUGGUCGCGGUGAAGGCCGCCGAGGAAUUUCCGUCCCCUCACCGGGGUCCCGCCAAAUCACGACGCAGCGCGCACAUUACGCGCCUGUAUAUUCCGAGCUUUCAGAACCAUCAAAUUUCUAAUUCAAUUGCCUGGGAAAUUCAGGCCUACCAACCUAGCACAAGUACUUACCAAAUAUGAAUUGGCAAUAACUUGGAAAGCCAACUUGUGCCUUCCAAACGGGGACCACGAGAGACGCGGAAGCAGCGAUGUUGUCACUUCAAUCUCUGUCAGCUUCAUUCACGCCAGGCGCGUUACAAUAGUACACAGGAAACGAGCGAGUGAGCUGGUAAGCUCAUCCAACUGCCUCGGAUGAGAUGAACUUGCGAUUCAUCGUAUGAAAACACUCGAGGCUCGCUCCCGCCUCCUGCGAAAUGUCUCGAUAUCUCAAUCCAGCCAGGAUUGGCUUACUCUCCCUCAUCGAACUCUACACAGAGGAGGCUGUCCCAAAUGACGCCAGUCUCCCAGUUCUAUCCUUCAUCGCGUCUCAUUUGCUCGAUACCAACCUCACGGUUACGCCAUCUGGUUCUAAUGAUCGGCGGGCCACAGCCGAGAGCACAAUUCGGCUGGUAACCUCGAUCAAGGACUUUGAACAACUCCUCAGCCCGUUUCCUGCCGCUGUCGGACUCCCUGGUCGGCGCCUGUGGGACAUAUUUUUACACAAGAUAUGGAAAAUCGACUCUCUUGACGCCUUACAUGCAUUUUUCAGCCAGUCGCAGUUGUUGCUCGCGGAGAACAGACCCCAGCUCUCGGAGCAGGAUGAUAUACCUCCCGGAAUACGCCUCUCUCGCAAUUCACCGUUCGGGACAUUUGUCCGGCGAUCCCAGCUCGAGUUCCAAAGGCUGCGAUUCCACGACGUGACCGAAUUGUGGAAGGAUUUCGUCAAAUACCGGCAGCCCACGGCGGGAUAUUUCAGGCGCCGCAAUCCGUCAUUUGGAAGGCUCAGCUUUGACAACGUGCUCCUGACAGGCGAGCACGAAUGGGGCGACAGCACUGGUGCCCUCGCCUCGGUGGCUUACGGAGAUAUUCUCACGGGUGACUUGGAUGCUACAGUGCCCGCCAGCUCCGACGAUGUUGAGCGCCUGCUGGAGUUCCAGGUCGACCAAAUGCAGAAGUAUGGCACACGAAUACCACCAGAGAUCAAAGCCAAGUUCCAGGAGAUACUGCGUGACAGCUAUCUAGUCCCGAGUCUCACCCAUUACCUCAGCUACUUGGAUGCGUGGAAAUCCGGCGACUAUCCAUCGUCGUUUGAAUACCUGUACCGAUAUUUCGACUACACAAUGCAGAACAGAGACCGACUCUUCUACCAGUACGCAUUGCUAAACCUGGCCGCACUUCAGGCCGACUUUGGCUGUUACAAAGAGGCUGUCUCCGCAAUGCUCGAGACCGUCUCGACAGCUAGAGAGAACAGGGACAUGGCUUGCUUGAACUACUCCCUGAACUGGCUCUUCCACUUUGGACGAGCGCAUCCGCGGCUUGUGGGCGACCUCGAGUCCAAGAGCAUGCUCGGCACCGCCCAGGAGAGCCUCGCGUUUCUGCGCGUGAAAGCCAGAGAGACCGACAUGUGGGUUCUUUGGAGCUCUGCCCUGCUGAGCGAGGCGAGGAUGAUUCUGUCCAACGGGGACAGUGUGGCGACUGCCAUGGAGCAUAUCGUCCGAAGCUCCCAGCUGAUCGUCGAAAAGAACAUGAAGGGGAUGAUGAGUGCACAGUUGUCACUCAACACCGCAGUAUGGGAUAGGCUAGGCAUUGCCUCUCUGUCAGCCAUGACCUGCGAGGCCUUCCUCCGCUGCCAUGCCAGGAACUCCAACUUUGAGGACGAGCUCAGGGUCACUUGUCGCCUCGCCAGCCAUCUUGCUGACAAGGGCAAGUACAACGAGGCAUUUGAGAAGCUCGAGGCCGUCGAGGCCAACUCUCUACGGUCCUCGAGGGUGAAACAGUACUGGCAGAAGAUGCGCGGCAUCCUCAAGCUCAGCCAAGAGCUCCAUCGCAACAACCUAGACGGCGCCGAAUACCUGCUCUCUCAGCUCCUUCAAUCCAAAUCGGAAGAUCUCGAACCGGACCUGAGGUUCGUCAUGGACUCGCUACACAUCGACAGCCUCAUCCGCCGGGGCGAUCUACCGGCCGCAUUCGACAAGGUCGACGGCCUCAUCAGCUCGCUCCAGGACGAAGACAAGGAUAUAUCGAUUCGCAUCCGCCUCCUGCUCGCCAAGGCCCGCCUCUUCGACCUUGCCGGCCGGCCGCAGAAGGGCUUCACCAUCAGCAUGCGCGCCGCCGGCCUGGCCUGGCGCGCCCGCCUGCUGCCGGAGCUCUGGCAGGCCACCGGCGCCGUCGCCAACGUUCUGACGUCGCUCUCCGAGUUUGGCGCCGCCGCGCGCCUCCUCGUCGCCGCCAUUCCGCGCUGCCUCGAGUCGGACUCGGACGCCGCCGCGGCGUCCCUCUACAGCCUCCUCGCGGACGCGCACAUGGGCACCGCGGGCACGCUGGUGGUGCCGGCUGCGGCGGGAGGGGGAGGGAAGGCGACGAACAGGCGCACAGAGUUCCUCACGCGAGCCCACGAGGCGCUCGACUCGGCGUUUGCGCACUUCUCGGCCGUCGGGGACGUGGAGGGGCAGUGCGAGAUGCUGACCAAGAGCGCGACGGUCAUGAGGGCCGUCGGGGACGACGUGCUCGCUGAGCAUUACGCGGCCAGGUACCUGGUGCUGAGGAGGGAGGCGGAUAUGAGGAGUACGUGAGGAUGGGGGCGCUGGUUUCCCUCCCCCGUGGAGGUUUGGGAAAGUGUGGGCAAGACAAGGGAGAUAUCGGGUGUAGUCAUUGUGUGAAGCUUAGGGGGACGGGGGGCUCGGUUCUGCUAUUCAGUUGGGGG